UUGUAUGAGUGAUAAAUCCAUGUGUGCUAUGUAUUACGGAUGAUAGUUCUGAGUGUGUGGCUGUGAGUGUUUUGUUACUGACAGUAGUUUCUCUUGUAGCAAAAUAGUGUGUGGUGGUGUGAGGUAGUGCGAGGUUGUCAGCAAAUUUCGCGGGCUGUGCUCGAUAUUUAAGUGAAAUAAAAACAUAACCAUGGCUUCUGGAGAUAGUGGAACUAAAAAACAAAAAUUAAACAAUUCAUCGAGCACAGCUUACAAAGGAGCAAUGGCACAAAAUGGAAUGAAUGGUACUCAAAAUCCAUCUAUCGUUCAUCCUGAAAUGGGCUUCUAUUGCUUCGAUGUGUUAUAUUGUCAACUGCAUCAACUUGACCCACCAAAAGCACCCAAUUUUAGUAAUGAAGCAUUUCCUUUAUUCGUCACCUGGAUGAUUGGGAAAGAUAUGCGAUUGAGGGGAUGCAUUGGAACAUUCAAUGCCAUGCAUUUACAUGCAGGACUCAAGGAAUAUGCCGCCACAAGUGCGUUCAAAGAUUCAAGAUUCAAUCCAAUUACCCGUGAUGAAUUUCCACGAUUACAUGUAAGUGUUUCAAUUCUUCGACACUUUGAAGACGGCGUGGAUUACUUAGAUUGGGAGCUAGGAGUACAUGGUAUUCUUAUUGAGUUCCACAAUGAAAAAGGAAAUAAAAGGACUGCUACAUAUUUGCCAAAUGUUGCAGAGGAACAAGGCUGGAACCAGAUACAAACGAUAGAUUCAUUAUUACAUAAAGGAGGAUACAAAGGAUCAGUAACUCCUGAUUUAAGACGUAGUUUGAAAUUAAAACGAUAUCAGUGUGAAAAAAUAACAGUGAGUUAUCAAGAAUACAUUACCCACUUGCACAAUCGACGAUGCUAGCAAAUGACCAGAAUAUUAUUACUAUCAGUGGUGAUACCUUAUUCAUUAGGUGUCCAUGAUUCUUCUUGUAAUAAUUCUCUGCCCCAGUUGAAUAAUUUAGAACAAAAUUAUAUAAUAGAUAAUAAACAGCGAACGUUGGCAAGUGUAAGAUUCAAUAUGUUUUUAUCUAUAAGACAAUUUUUCACGUUAUUAAUACCGACGAAAUAUUCUUCAUAUUUAUAAAAUUAAAAGUCGGCUAUAUAAUUUUUCAUAAAAUACAAAUAAUUAUUCAGAAAAAUUAACAAGUAAUGAUACUAUUCAUGAAUAUAAUAAACUGGCGGCAAUUUCCACACUUAUAAAAUACUUUUUGUUGUUUAAAUGGUGCCUAAAAUUUGUGUGUUUUACUAUACAUAAAUAGUUUCCUCAAUUAUAUUUGUUUAUGGAAUAAUAUUGUUCUUGUAUUACUAUUUGCUCAUUUGUUCGAGCAUUAACAGCAUAUCGUAAUGUCAACUUAUUUAUAAUAAUUAUGUAAUUACUGUGUCCACUUAUAUGAUAGCAAUCUUAAAAAAGAUCAAUUUCGUAACUUCUACCAGAUGAUAAUUUUCUUUUUUUUAUUUUACAUUCAUAAUAAUCAGUAUAAUUUACUUAUUUCAAGUAAUGUUCAUUUUAUCUGUUAUUAAUCAUUGAAUAUUAGUUUGCUUUGUUUGAUAAAAACUAUUCUAUUAAAUUUUUAAUAAAUUGCAACUUAUUCAAUUUCUGAUAAUUAGAUUAACGAGAUUGAUAAUAGAGUAGUUUUAUUUGUUCAAAUGUUAAAUUAAAACUUCUACAGUUGUGAAGUUAAUGGAUAAUUAGCAUAAUGUAUUUGACAAAAAAAGUGAUUAUAGUUGAUUGCUAUUAUUUUCUUAUUGAAUUUAAUUAAUAAUUAUUCAAUUUAUUCCCUAACACCAAUUUUUAAUGAUAAUUUACUCAUAAAUGUAAAAAAUGGGAAGAGUUGAAGUUAUUAAGAAAAUCUUAUUGAUGAAAAUGAUAAUAUAGAUAUAAGGUACUAAGUAUGACGACGAUCUCAUGGUGAUUUUUUUAUUGUUGUGUGGUUUAUGAUGCUAUAAAACUGUAAAGACAGUACCAUAGGUUGUAAAAAUACAAAAAGAACAAUGAAAUAAAUAUAUUAAUUAUUUGAUAUGAAAAAAAUUCAAAUAGUCGUCGUAUAUAUUGACUACAGAAUGCUCAUUAGUUUAAGAAACACAGCAGUAAAAUAAACCACGAUAAAAAAAAAGAUUUAAUUUUAUUAUUCAAGUAUUUGGCAGAAUAUCAAAUUGAUUUUUUUUUGUUACAUGAAUAAUUUUGCUUUAUUUAGAUGGCCAGUCGUUUCAUAGUCUGGUUAUUGCACUGCCAAUUUAUUGAUUGUUGUAUCUAUCAUAUUAAGAAAAACGAAGUUAAUAAAAAUUAUUACAUUAUUACUUAAA